AUUGAGAUUGGAAGAAGAAGAAGACGGUUGAGAUAUCAACUCCAACCUAAAAGUGCAAAUUAACAAAAGUUGUAAAAUGGUUAUUACUAAUAAUAUAACUAUACCUUCUGAUGAAGAAUUAACUGUUCAAGAAGUAAAUGUCAGUGGAGUAGUUUUAAGAGCAGCUUCUUUUCAUUUGGGGAAAUAUUGUGAAGAUAUUAACAAUGAAUUCAUGUUAUGCAGAAAAGAAUUGAAAGAUCCACGUAAAUGUCUCAACGAAGGCAAAGCUGUUACCAGCUGUUCCUUAGAGUUUUUCCGCAAGGUCAAGAAGUCUUGCUUCAGAGAGUUCACUGACUACUACAACUGUGUAGACAAAAGCAGUCCAGGAUAUGAGUUUGAACCUUGCCGUAAAACUCAGAAGAUAUUUGACAAGUGCAUGUCGGACAAUCUGAACAUGGAGCGACCCCCCUACGGGUAUUUCUGUGAGGUGAAGAUCCAUGACUCGCCAAGACCAAAGCCUGAACCACCCAAACCUCCUGUCUACUCUGACACACCCGUCGGUCUGCCUGAAGACCGACCCAAGCCACCUGCCAAAUAUGGUGGAAGACAAAUUCAGAAUUAGUCAGUUGAUUAAAUUGCUUAGAUUCAUUAGCAAAAUCAUUUAAUGAUUAGUAAUCGUUCUAUAAAUUUUCCUUCUUUUUGUCAAUUUGAAUCCGGUUUUUUCAUUUUGAAUCAUUUUUUGCCAUUUUGAAUCAGGUAUUUUUUAUGAUUCCAGUUCAAAGCAGUAAUAUAAUUUGUGAACAUAAUUUAUAGUUGAUUUUAUUAAUUUUAUGGGAAUAAAGUUGUAUAUAUGUU